UUCCUUUAUGUUUAUUUAAUUAAAAAAGCCAAUUAGAAGUAGGAGUAUUAUAAGAAUAGCAAUGCUGUUAAAACGAUAUACCCAUCCCUAUGAAAGUAAGUAGGAGAGAGAGAUCCAUCUCAUAUAUUUUUUUACUUAAUUUUGCUUUGAGUAAUUAUUGAUUCACUGUUACACUUAUGUAGGCUGUUUACUUUUGUUUGGCUUUUACAUUUCUCAAUAAAGCUUUUGAUGGCCAAAUGUUUACUCCUUAGGCUACAUGACUUUGAUUGAGACGGCUGUUUGUCUACAUCAAAGUAACCGAUAUUUUUGUUUGACGCGUUUUAUAGAAUUUGGCGGUUUUUUUUUUUUUUUUUUUUAGAAUUUGGCGCUUUUGUUGAUCUCGCCUCGCGGCGAUGACGUCAUCAACAGCGCGCGCUCAGUCAGCGGCGUCUUCUGAGGAGAGAAGUUCAUGUUCAGUGAAGCUCCUCCCACAACUAUCCUGCCUUCAGUGAUUUCCCCAAUAAAUGCUGGAAUAUUCCCAUCAGACGAGCAUCAGAGCAUCAGGAGGAGCUGAAAUCUGCAAAGACUGAGUUUAUUAAAGAGGACAGUGAGAACAUGAGUGAUCCAGAACCCUGCAGAAUGAAACACACUGAAGAUACUGAAGAACAAAGAGAGUUGAUUGAAGGAAAUGAGGAGAAUGGAGGACUGAGUGAAGUUGAGGACAAAAAGCAUGUCAUAACUGGAGAAAAAACUUUGAGUUGCUCUCAAACCAAACAGAAAGAUUUAAAGAAAACAAGAGCCAAGAAAUCUUUCUCCUGCACUCAGUGUGGAAAGAGCUUCACAAGCAAACUAUGUUUUGAGCGUCACAUGAAAGUUCAUACUGAAGAGAGACUGUUCACAUGUGAUCAGUGUGGGAAGAGUUUGUCGACCAAAUAUAAUCUUGAGCUUCACAUGAGAAUUCAUACUGGAGAGAAGUUGUUGACCUGCACUCAGUGUGGAAAGAGUUUCUCAAACAAACAAAGUCUUAAGCGUCACAUUAGAGGUCAUACUGGAGAGAAGCCGUACACUUGCACUCAGUGUGGAAAGAGCUUCAAAAACAAAUAUGAGCUUGAUGUUCACAUGAGAGUUCACACUGGAGAGAAACCAUACACAUGUGAUCAAUGCGGGAAGAGUUUUACGCAAUCAGGACACCUUACAGAACACAUGAACAUCCACCCUGGAGAGAAACUUUACAAGUGUUCAUACUGCGACAAGAGCUUCAAUCAGUCAGGAAUCCUGAAAAAACAUGAGAGGAUCCACAGUGGAGAAAAACCUUACAAGUGUUCACACUGUGGCAAGAGAUUCAAUCGGUCAGCAAAUCUGAAAACACAUGAGAUAAUCCACACUGAAGAGAAACCACACACAUGUGAUCAGUGCGGAAAGAGUUUCUCAUUAAAAGUACACCUUAGGAGGCAUAUGAAGGUUCAUACUGGAGAGAAACCGUACACUUGUGAUCAAUGUGGAAAGAGUUUCAAACAAUUAGCGUACUUUAAAGAACACAUAAACAUCCAUACAGGAGGGAAGCCUUACACAUGUGAACAAUGCGGAAAAACUUUUUGGUUGUCUUCAGUCCUGAAGAUGCACCUGAAAUUUCAUACAAAAGAAAAGCCACAUUCAUGUAAUUCAUGUGGAAAGAGUUUUUCACGUCUAGAACAUUUAAAAAUACAUCAGAAAAUUCACACUGGUGUGAGAGAGUACAUGUGCUUUGAGUGUGAGAAGACUUUUACUACAGGGAGUGAUUUAAAAGUGCACCAGAGGAUCCACACUGGAGAAAAACCUUACAAGUGUUCAUACUGUGACAAGAGAUUCAUUCUGUCAGGACACCUGAAAACCCAUAAGAGGAUUCACACUGGAGAGAAACCUUACAAGUGUUCACACUGCGACAAGAGCUUCAGUCAGUCAGCAAAUCUGAAAAGACACGAGAGGAUGCACACUGAAAAAAUAUAUCCCUGCACUGCAUGUGGGAAGUGUUUCAAGCAUUUAACUUCUCUACACAGACAUACAAAAAGAAAUCACAGUAAGUAGAUCAUCUUCAGAUCCAGCACUUUCAGGUCUGAUGCCGCAUCCUCACCAAAUGCGAUGCAAAAAUGCAUAAAGCAGUAAACUAUAAUUUGGAUAAAUCUGUCUAAACCAGUGAUUACAUCUGACAUGACAAAGAAACAUUAUCUAAAGUUUUCACAGUGAAUAAAAUUGGUGGUACCUAUCAAAGUAACAUCCACAUAGAUGGCAGGACUCAAGGUUUCCCAGCAGAACAUUGCACAAAGCAUCACGCUGCCUCUCCCGGCUUACCUUCUUCUCAUAGUGCAUCCUGGUGCCAUGUGUUCCCCAGGUAAGAGAUGCACACGCAGCUCUUCGUGGUCCAGUUCUGAUGUUCACGUGUCCACUGUUGGCUCUUUCGGCGGUGGACAGGGGUCAGCAUGGGCA